CCGUGUUGUUAUCCAAGGUAGGAUAAAGUCAGUAGUAAAACACAUAGUUUUUCUUUUUUAAACAUACUAUAAUAAUUUUGCCCGGAUUUGUGAACGCCGAGUCCGUGACGUCUUCGUAAGGAUGUCCAAUCAGUCUGGUUACAGCCUUUCCAAAGCAUCCUCAUCAAAACGUCUUCCUAAUAUGCUGCUUCAAGACGUAUUCACAAGAUGUAGGCGGGACUUCCAAAGGGGGAUGCCUUCCUAUAAAUUGCCCUGCAACUCAACAAGCACAGUCCUGGAGGAGUUUCAAUGCUAUUCAAUCUACAGCAGAAGAAAGCUUAGCAGACGGACCAGAAUCUGUUGGAUAUUGCCGCAGUGGACCGAGGGCAGUGACAAAAAAGGCUUCUACAGUCAAAAAUGGAAUCUGCCAGAGUGUGGAGGAACCCAGUGUGCUGCCUGAUCUGCAAGACUUCCCAGGACCAGCUCUCCACCCACCUGGCCCGGGUCUGCAUGAAGGACUGUAACCCAGAGGAGCGCAAUGCUGAGUUACAGCGAGCCAAGGAGUCCCAGCUGCAGUGGGCAAGGAAAGCUCGCAUUUGGGAUUACGCUGACUUAUCUGCCAUAGUGCAGGACGACCCAACCUGCAGGACGCUGACAAAGACAUUGCUGCAACGUGGGUUUCUGGUCACCAACGUGCCGCUGCCCGCUGCAACGGCGACGAGUGGCUCGGCCGAGGAACCGGGGACCAGUUCUACAAGGCAGUCCCUCUCCUCCACUGGAAAGUGCAGCCUGCUGAAUAGCUUCAAGGCCACCGCUGACGACACCUGUUGCAGGCUCCAGCGGGGUGAGACCGUGGAUGAGGGUAGGUUGGCAGACCUGAGGAACUUCUGCAUCGCAUUCUUGGUGCUGGAGCUGCGGAAGACAACCCGGCAGGUCAGGGAGCUGACCGUGCACGAGUGGUUUGGGCGAGCAAGGGUCAACCAGGGUGCGGUUGUAAAAAUGACUGCCGCCCGUGGAGUAGAGGACAACUUUACCCUGACAUUGCAACAAGAAGCCUGGUUCAGCUGUUACAUGGACAGCAUCCGGUCAGUCUACCUGAAGAGCCAAGCAGUCGCAGGAUCCGAUCAGGACAGGUUUUUCUUGGGGAAGAACGGCACACCCCUGACCCAUGCCACCACAGUGAUCGAUCGCUUCUGCAGAAGGCAUGGACCGCUGGAGGAUGAGGGGAGCACGUCCACUGUCGUGUCUGGAAAACGCAAAGCCAGCAUGACAUGGGACAAUUUUCUGGACGAGUUCCCUAUUACUUUGCAUGGCGUUCCUCCCUCUCAGGAGGAGUCAAAAGCGAAGGGAUAUGAGGGGGGGCGUGUCUUCUACCACAAGUGGAGGGACAUGCAGAGGAAACUCAGGAUGGAUUACAUCCUUAUGGACCACCCACAUCAAAGGCCUUCAGAAGCAAGGGUGAGGUACCAGCUGCAAAGGGAAGGAUGGACUUCCAAUGCCCCCAAGUUGGAUGAAAUCUUGGCAUGCUGGAAAAGCAAGGGGGGGUCUGUCCUCGCAGACCCAAACAUAAUGCAGUCAGUCCUGGACCAGAAGUGGAAGGGCCUGGCCAUCAUAGACCUGGGACCACCAAAGGGAAAGGGCGUGGUGGCAACUAUGCCGUUCCAGGCUGGAGAUGUAGUCUGCGACUAUCACGGGGAGCUGGUCACAGAGGCAGAAGGAAGGCAAAGGCAGAGUCACGUACCAGAUGGUACUGACAUGUACUUUUUCUACUUUAGAAGCCACAGUGGUGCCAGGAUGUGCCUGGAUGCACAGAAAUUCCCCUGCCCCUGCCACCCGAGCAUUGACACUUUUGGCAGGAGGAUGAAUCACUCAAACAAGAACUUUAAUGUCAAGCCAGUGCGCUUAGCGUUGCCUUUUUCUGGAGGACUCAGGGACAGCAUGAUCUUUGUUGCCACUAGAAAUGUGACUGUAAAAGAGGAGCUCACGUGGGACUAUGGUGUCAGACCGUCGUCCUUUGGAGGGGAGGGAUGGAAUCUGGAAUGGCUGAACGAGUAGUAGACUAGAUGGAUAAGAAGCUUGUAACAUUUUUAUCCUUUUACUGUAAGGCAGAGUGAUUUUCUAUUUUGU